AUGGGAAAGAGAAAAAACACAUGCACUGAAUGUGGGAAAAACUUCAUUCACAGAUCAAGCCUUUCUGUUCAUCUGAGAAUCCACACAGGGGAGAGGCCCUACGAAUGCUGUGAGUGUGGGAAAUGCUUCACUAGCAGCUCCUACCUUUCUAAACAUCAGAGAAUCCACACAGGGGACAGGCCCUACGAAUGCAGAGAGUGUGGGAAAAGAUUCACUCGCAGAUCAGGCCUUUUUCAACAUCACAGAAUCCACACAGGGGAGAGGCCCUAUGAAUGCAGUGAGUGUGGGAAAAACUUCAUUCACAGAUCAGCUCUUUCUGUUCAUCAGAGAAUCCACACAGGGGAGAGACCCUAUAAAUGCAAUAUAUGUGGAAAAACCUUCACUUACAGAUCAAAUCUUGUUGUUCAUAAGAGACUCCACACAGGGGAGAGGCCCUAUGAAUGCCGUGAGUGUGGGAAAAGCUUCACUAGCAGCUCAAGCCUUUCUAAACAUCAGAGAAUCCACACAGGGGAGAGGCCCUAUGAAUGCUGUGAGUGUGGGAAAAGCUUUAUUACCAGCUCAGACCUUUCUAAACAUCAGAUAAUCCACACAGGGAAGAGGCCCUAUGAAUGCCGUGAGUGUGGGAAAACCUUCAAUCGCAGCUCAGCCCUUUCUCAACAUCAGAGAAUCCACACAGGGGAGAGGCCCUAUGAAUGCCGUGAGUGUGGAAAAAGCUUCUCUAUCAGCUCAGCCCUUUCUCAACAUCAGAGAAUCCACACAGGGGAGAGGCCCUUUGAAUGCACUGAGUGUGGGAAAACAUUCACUUACAGAUCAAAUCUUGUUCUUCAUAAGAGACUCCACACAGGGGAGAGGCCCUAUGAAUGCAGUGAGUGUGGGAAAAGCUUCACUCGCAGCUCAAACCUUAUUGGGCAUCAGAGAAUCCACACAGGAGAGAGGCCGUAUGUAUGCAGUGAGUGUGGGAAAACCUUCAAUCACAGAUCACACCUUCUUACCCAUCUCAGAAUCCACACAGGAGAGAGGCCCUAUGUAUGCAGUGAUUGUGGAAAAAACUUCAUUCACCGCCAGCAGCUUAAUUGCCAUCAGAGAAUCCACACAGGUAUGCGACCCAAUGGAAGCAGUGAGUGUGGGAAAACCUUGUCUUGCCACUGAGCCCAUGUGAGCCAUCAGAGAAUCUGCAAGGGGGAUCAACACCAUAAAAACCUCUAGGGCUAUCACUACUUUAAUACUUUCCUGAUUCCCACGUUUACAAGCUGUUUGAAGCACCGAUAUCCCUCAGCUUGUCCAGAUGAGUGAGUGGCCCAUUUUUGCAUUUUGUAGUUUGACCUCUUUGAGGUGGACUCAUUUGUCCUUUCUAUCAACUCCAUUCUCCCAUGAGUAAUUCUAG